AUGAAUGGUAUAAGUAUAUAUACCAGGAUACUAUCGGAGACCCUUCUUCGACUUUAUACCCUAGCAGGCCAAGUAAAAAAGGGAAUGGUGCCGCCGUGGACCCGCGAUGUCGAGGAGGCGAUGGCGAACGCGGAGGAGGAGGAGGACGUCGAGGAGCCCCUCGACUGCGGCAUCUGCUUCCUUCUACUCGAUGCGCCGCCGACCUUCAUGUGCGAAGCUGGGCACCUGAUCUGCUCGCCCUGCCGCGACAUGCUCGGGCUGGUGGCGGGGACGUGCCACGUCUGCAGCGCCAAGGCCGCCCGCCUCGGCUCUCGCCGGAGCCUCGGCCGCGACGUCUGGCCGGUCUACUAUGAGCCCGGCGACCGCUGCGGCGCGCUCCGCGGGCCGUGCCGCUGCCCAGGCGACGCCUGCGGCUUCGUCGGCAGCACGGCGGCGCUCCUCUGUCACUUCGUCAGCGCUCAUGACUGGCCGGUCCACGCCGGGGUGACCUCCGGGGACAGCAUCGCCGUCCGCCUGCAGGACGGCUUCAACAUCGUCGCCGUCGACUGCAUCGGCGGCGCCUCCGGGCAAGACCGCCUAGAAUUCCCCGGAAGGUAUCUGCUCGUGCUGGAGAUGAUCCAGCAGACAUUCGGCCGCACGGUCUUCGCCUUCUGCCUACGUCCCGACGCCGCCUUCUGGGAGAAGGAGGCGCAGUGCCGCGUCAGCCUCUACUACUCGCGCAACAUCCUCGAAGGCGACGAUGACAAGCCGCCGGUUCAGUGCUACUACCAGACAACCAAGGCCAGCGUGACGUGCACCGAUCUCUCCAGCGGGCUGCCCGACCCCGAGGACUGCUUCCAGGCUCACGUGUACCGCUCCGUCGACCUGGAGGACAACGAGGACACCGUCGAGGUGACGCUCAGGAUUCUCAUCAACUGA